AUGGAGCUGGGUUAUUCCACAAUAGUGUAUGGGAAUCUGCAAGCUGCAAGGCUAGGCAUUUAUUUUGGAUGGAUGAGUGGGUGUUGCGAGAAUUUGUUGGCAGACUUCAGACACAUCAAAGCUUACCAUCAGUCCAUCUGGCUUCCAAAUGCUCGCUCUUCAGUAGAAUUAGAGAGAAUCUCUUCAGUUCUUUGCCUUUUAGAUGUUGCUAACCUCAGAAAAUGGUUUUAUUGGCUUCCCUGUUCAAUCUGCACUCUUUAUAUCUUGACAUACGCCAUUCUCUAUUCCAGGAAGCAGGUUCGAGCGUGUCCGCGCCGGGAGCCUGCUUUAACCCGCUCACCUGUUUGCUCUGAUCAUUCUUGCCUGCUUCCCAAAGUGUAUGAGAGACAGCCAGUGUGGAAUAAAUGGAAUAAGCAUCACGCUAAGAGGAAUGUUGUGGAUAGGCUGUGGGCUGAAAUCAGCCAGGAGUUGAACUGUGAAGAGACACUGAUAAAGAAAAAAUGGAAAUAUCUUAGAGACCAAUUUGCUGUUGAGCUCGGGAAAAUUCCACCAGCUCGAUCAGGUGAUGCCGCAGGUGACACUCCCACAUCAAAGUGGCAGUAUUUCAAGUUACUGCAUUUCCUGAAAAGCGUGAAAGCAAGAGCUUCAACUGGAAAUUUAUCAGGUGUGCUAACCAGUGAUACUGUUGAAACCUCAUUACCAGAAUCACCUCAAAUAGAAUACCAAACGGGUAGCAUGGCCCCCUUGGCUACAGAGGAAGGUGCGUUAGUCUCCUCAUCCCACACUAAAGACGCACCUGAACGCGAAGAUGAAGUUAUGGAAAAGCAAUGGCUCACUUCACCUGCCACCCGUCCGCAGAAAAAGGGAGCUAACAAACGCUCUAAAACUGAUGACUUCAACCAGAGCAUCCUGGAUAUUGAACAACAAAAAAUUCAGUACUUGAAAGAAAACAUAAAUCGUAAGCAAGACAAAGAUGAUGACGAGGAUCUGAUGUUCUUCAAAAGUUUGUUACCUCAUGUCAAAAGAAUUCCUCCUGUGCAGAAGCUGACAUUUAGAAGCCGCCUACAAGAACUUGUACAACAAUUUGCAUAUCCAGUGCCUGCCAUAUCUCCCCUUCCAGAUACCCAUGGUUCCUCUUCCUCAGCUUCUGCUUAUACCCCACAGGUGUCUCCUUACUCCUAUGCCCACUCACCUAUAGUCUCAAUUUCAUACCACAGAUAUGACUU